AUGGUUGGAAAGGGAAUCAUUGUGGAUAGAGAACUAUCAAAAUCCACACAUAAAGGACAAAAUUCCAUCUUAUUAAUUGAAAAAAUCAUAAGAGAACGAAUAUUUGAUUCUUUAUAUUGGAAACAAUAUUGUUUUAAUGUUAAUGCUGCUUUAAUAUUGGAUCGUUGUGUUGAGAUACGAUGUGUUGGUGGUCUUGAGACAAGUGGGAAACCAAUGGGGUUUAUUUGUUUAUUAGUUAAAUUGAUUCAAUUGAUGCCUCAAAGAGAAAUUAUUGAAUUUUAUUUAAAUCAAGGGAAAUUUAAAUAUUUGAAAGUAUUAGCAAUGGUUUUCAUAAGGUUAGUUUAUAGAGAUGGUGGGUUAUUAAAGAAACAAUUGAAUGAUUAUAGAAAAGUUAGAUUAUAUGAACAUGGAGAAUAUAAAUUAAGUUAUGUUGAUGAAAUUGCUGAUAAGUUAUUAAAUGAUGAAAUGUUUAUAGGUUUGAAUUUACCAUAUAUGAAGACCAAUGGUGAUGAUGAAAGUGAUGAUGAGAGUGAUGGUUCAGAUGAGGAUGAUAGUGAUAGUGAUUAA